GAGCGGCUCCGCUCGGCACAGCCAGCUCCAUACAAGGUGAGGCGGAGUGCUGACGCGGGCUGGCCGCACAAUAAAAUCCCCCCACCCUCGCCCAGCCCUGCCCGCCGCGCGGAUCCAGUCCAUCUGAACACAGGCGUCCCCGCUCAGGAUGUCCCAACUCCGGAUCAGUCUGCGCGGCCCGGCGCCCUGGGGCUUCAGGCUGGUCGGGGGCAAGGACUUCGAGCAGCCGCUCACCAUCUCCAGGAUAACUCCAGGGAGUAAAGCGGAGGCUGCCAAGCUGUGUGUUGGGGAUGUAAUCUUGGACAUUGAUGGAGAAAAAACUGAUGGAAUGACGCACUUGGAUGCUCAGAACAAGAUCAAAGGAUGUGGAGAUGAGCUGACGUUCCUGAUUUCCAGGUCUGAGUCGAAAAUUUGGUCACCUCUAACUAAUGAGAAUGGAAAGUCGCAUCCGUAUCGGAUGAACUUGGCAUCUGAUCAUCAGGAGGUUAAGCACAUAGGAAGUGCUCAUAACCGGAGCGCUAAGCCAUUCUGUGCCACAGCCACGUCCAACUCAUCUCCCAAAGUCAUAACCUCACAGUACAACAGCCCAGCUGGCCUCUAUUCUGCAACCAAGGUGGAGGAAGUCAACAGUGCCCUCGACUCCAAGGUGGCUUCCAGCAAUGCUGAGCCAAGCAAGACUUUGGAGCCAAUGAAACUGCCAUGUAAGCCCGUGGUGGACACAGAGUCAGAAGUUUACAAAAUGCUACAGGAAAACCAGGAAACAGAGGAGCCACCUCGGCAGUCAGCCUCGUUCCGUGUGCUGCAGGAGAUCCUGGAAAGCGAGGACAAUGGACAGACCGAGAAGCCGUCUGGGUUCCGAAAAGUAAAGGCUCCUGCAACCAAGGUUGGCUCGACGGUGGGAAGUGCACAGAAGCUACCUGUGUGUGAGAUCUGCGACACCGGGAUUGUGGGAAUGAUUGUGAAAGUGCGCGACCGGUUCCGCCAUCCAGAAUGCUAUGUCUGCUCAGACUGCAGAACUAACCUGAAGCAGAAGGGACACUUCUUUGUGGGGGACGCCAUCUACUGUGAGCAGCACGCCAAGGAGCGAUCCGCGCCUCCUGAGGGUUACGAUGUCGUUACCGUCUUCCCAAAGUCAUAACAUUUCCCUCUGAACAUAAACCUGUGGAAUAUCCGGCUAAGUUUGCAUGCCUACCUAAGUACAUGAACUACUUUAAACACAUUUUUAAAAAAGAUAAUGGAUUUCUGUAAUCACUUAGUGCAAAGGCCUCUGUAAUGCAAUGAGGCACAAUUAAACUACAGAUGUUUAACUACGA